UCCUGGGAGACUCUGGAGCCCCCGACCACCAGAAAUUCCAUCUCAUCAACGAAAAGAAAGGCCCUGGUCAAGGAUGUACCAGGACUCAAAGAAACCUUCCAUACCUAACCAGGAGCCAAAGACACCAUCAGGCAAAAAGGGGAAGUCUCCACACCCUCCCCUGUCCCGGUCGUGGAAGCAGGACCACAGGCAGAUGCUGGCGGCCGCCCACGUGCCAGUGGUGGUAGAUCCGAGGGGGCAGAGCCUGGACACGCUCAGGUUCACCUUCUACACCGCCCAGUACUCCAACUCCCUGAACCCCUUCUAUACCUCGCAGAAGCCUACCUGCGGCUACCUGUACCGAAGGGACACUGACCACACCCGCAAGCGCUUUGACAUGCCUCCUGCCAACCCGGUCCUGUGGCGCUCUUAGGCCCCUGCCGGGCAGAAGCCCCCGCCUGCAUCCUGCCCACCACCCCCCCCCCC